UGACUCAGUGGUCUGACAGUCCUGAUUGUUCUGCUCUACCUGUCGAGUUUUUCUUUCUUCCCUUUUCUCUUUUGGCUGCAACUGAUAUUUGAUCCAACUCUGUAACAGGGAUCAAACAACGCAACGCCCCACUGCAUACUGUACGAAACUGCAGCAAAGGACGCUUUAUUGGCAUUGUUAUACACACGCAUGUGGUCAGAGUGUGUACACAAAGGGUGGAGUCCGUACUUCGGGACUUUUUUUCCUCCCCUUGCCGCAGGGAUCAAAUCUUGACUCGAAGCACUGCGGGAAGGAAUCCGCUGCUCGGUGUCCCGGAAAUAACGCAGCAUCAAACCACUAACAUGCCAUAUUGUUAUAAGAUGGUGUUUUAUUCUUAUUAAUGAGAUCGGAUUUUGUUUGUUAGCAUACAGCAGAACAUUUUUAGUUGCUGUUCAUCCAUGAAGCGCACCGCUCUGGCUGUUCCGCGCGUCCAGCCCUCACCGCGACCGGCGCGUAAAAGCGAGUGGCUUCGGAGCGCCCUGGCCCACCACCACUGCACCGACCCCGGCGCAGAGAACGAAGUUGUCGUCCUCGCCACUGGUAUAGAUCAGUACCUGCAGGAGGUCUUCCACCAUCUGGCCUACCGCCACCAGGAUGACGCGGUGUUAGCGGAGGACUUCACUGCGCUCUGUGCAGUGCUGGGGCUCCCUGGAGCUCAGCGAGGGCAGAGGACGUGGAAAAAGGAGGACGGUAGAGGAAAUGGGGAUGAGCAAGAAGAAGAGUUUAGAGACGUAUGCUCUGGUCUACCAGACCAGUUGUCUUUUAAAGACUUCCACUCGCGGCUCUGCGGGUAUUUCCGUGUGCGCAGCGCGCCUAGAGGUACCGGGGAGUGCGCCUGGCGCCUGCCCGUUUCUGAUGACACGGAGCUGGUGGAGAGACAGAUCCGUCUCCGCUGGCCUCGCGUCAGGCGGAGAAAGUGUGUCAGUUUUGAUCUGACCAGAGAUCCAAGCCGAACCACGAACAGAUCUACGAUAAAUCGCACCCUGGAUGACGCCCGCGAGCCUGAUGAGGUUGCAGCUCUCAGGGAGCUGGUGGAGGACCUCCGCUCUGCUCUGCAGGGGAGUGACGCUCGCUGCCUGGCCCUGGAAGUGGCCCUCAGACGGGAGAAAAGCAGCACCAUCCCUUGCCCUUCUUGUUACAGCUCCGCUGUUUCAGCUCCUUCAUCCUCCAUCACCCUCGCUCAGGGAAAACUGGUACCAACCCACAGACUUAAAGGGCAGCUGAGUGGUGCUCGAGGAGAUGGCGCGAGGAGGGUGCAGAGGAGACGGGACAUCAGAGACCCCCUUCUGAGGGAGCUGAAGCUGAUUCGCUCCUCACGGGACGGGCAGCUGGAGGAGGCCAUCAAAUACAACGAGCGGUUGGAGGAGGAGCUCCAGUGGGCUUUCCGGGAGGUGCAUCGGCUGCAGGGGGUGGAGUCUUCACUGAGGAAGGAGAACGCUCAGAUCAGGAGGCGGGCGGAGGAGGCCAGGGAGGCUCUGAGCUUGGGGCUGCAAAGGGUUCAGCUGAUCCAGGAGCAGGCCCGGUCAGUUCCACAACUCCAGUCCAGGAUCACCGACCUGGAGACUGAGCUGCUGCAGUACAGGUCGCGAAGCACCUGCCUCCCACCAGCUCGGCCUGAAGACUCCUCCAGCAAGACUGGUACAGAUGGUGAGUGUCUGCAGCGGGCGGUGGAAGGAAGAGCUGCUUCUGAUGAAGAAGAGGAGGACAGAGGGAGGAAGGAGGGAGGACAACGCUGCCUGCUGGAGGUGAAGCAGCACAUCUGCCACCUGCAUGGCCGUGGAAAAGGAUGUCAGAAGGAUGUGGUCGCCUGUCAGAGUCUCCCUCAUGACAAAAACCGAAGCAGUCGGGACAGUCGGGGCUGCUGCAGCGCAACACGACCCAGCCAGGAAAAGCUGGGUGGAAGCAGACUUGAAAAUGAGAUGAGGCCUGAGGACAAGGAGGACAGGACAAAGCUGUCUUUGUUGGAGGACAAAUUCACAGAUUCAUUAACGCUGCUGCUAAAGCUACGAAACAAGAACGUGUCCCGCAGAGUCCUGGGGAAGAUAGUGAUGGAUAGUUUGGAGGCAUGCAGCAGAAGUGGAGGUGGUCCGUCUCAGGUCCUGCAGGCUGCCGAUGCCCUCUGUGUCCAUCUGUCCUCCAGUGAUGUCCUCAGAGACAGUGGGGAGGAUGGUGGAGGAGGAGAAGAGAGUGGAGAAACACCUCUGGCUCCGCCUUCAGGACAUCCAACCAGCAGCAUCAACUCUCGGCUCAUCUCUGGUUAAAUCUGCUAACUGACCUCUUUGUUUGAAACUGUCAGAAUGUAUAUAAGUUUAUCCGUAUUUACUUCAUCCAGUUAUUUUGCUUUUAUUUAAUAUAAACGAUUGUUUAGACUGGAGAUGUUUAAAUAAUGAUACAAACAUGUUUGGGUUUCCAAAUUAAUUUCAGAAUUUUGAUAAGUUUGAUAAACAUGUACAGCGAUGUAAAAUGUGCUUUUGUCUCAAGGAUUUGGUAAAACUGACCAAUAUUAUGAUUUAUAAUGUCAAAAGAUUCCUAAAAAGACAGUUGCACUUGCCGUUCUUCACCAGCAAUUAGCUUUUUUUUAACCUGUCCUGUCCAGCAUCAUAGCAGCAGAACGAUAGUCUGGUUGCUCUAUCGCGCUGAACAAAUUUCCUCUGCCAAGGGGAGGCUUAUAGGUAUAAGGUUCCUCUUGAUAAUCUGAUUCAUUUAUUUAUUUAUUUACUUUGAAUCAUGGAAUCUAUGUUAUUUUGCUGGACCUGACCGGAGGGGACAGAAAAAGAAGGAAGACAACAAAAAGAAGCAAAAGGGAAAGAAGAAAGAAAAGACAAAAACACCACAGACAGAAGGCUCUUUAAUCCAACCUAUCACCAGAUAACAAACUAUUACAUUUGUACAUAAACACACCAGAAAAUUUCCUACGGCUUUUUUUUACGGCUCCACCCAGGGAUCAGAGCCCAGAACCCUCACCCAGCCUGCCUCAGAAUAGCCCGGCCGCCCGGCCCAGGACUACCAGCCUCAUCUCCUGCCCCGUGGUGAACCCAACCGCUGGUCCCCACAGCCCCCAACAGAGCCACCCCCACCGCUGAGCAGCCUAGUCCCGCACCACGGGAAACCACGAAGAAUCCGCAACCACCAGUCACUCCUGGCCAUUUUCCAGCCCCCAAAGUGACAAGGUCACACUCCUCCACCUACACUAAGUGAUGGAGCUAAUCACAGGGGACCAGAGGGAAUGAGAUUCGGCUAAAUGGUUCUUUGAGGAGGCAGACAUUGUCUCACUUCUGAUGUGGUCUACUAAGAGAUUCCUAAACUGCUGAAUACACAAAUUAUUUAUGGUUUUCCAGUUCACAAGGAUAGUUUUCUUUGUGAUGCAUAAUGCCGUCCAUAUGACGUGUGCAGAGUUAACUUACUGGUAAAGUUACUGGAUGUGUCAGCAUCCCAAUUUGAUGUUGAAAGACAGAUUGAGUCUUCUAGUUUAGAUGACAGUCUAUAUAUUUUUGAUGAUAACUUUGGGGCAUUGAGCUUCAUGAAUUUUGCCACCCUGAUAGGUAGCUGUAAGUUUAAGUAAUUAAUGGUAUAUAUUUUUUUCACAUGUAAUAGAUUUAAGCUGGUGAUAUUCUAAAAAUAUUUU